AUGUUGGUCUCCAGGAUGGAGAGAGAAGAGAGGGAAACCCCAGCCAGUGAGGUGGAGGAAAUGAGUGGAAGAGCUGAUGUGACCCUGGACCGAGACACCAUGAACCCCUUCCUGAUCCUGGCUGGCGACCAGCGAGGCGUGGGACGGAGGCAGGAGUGGACCUCAUUGCCCGACACCCCUGAGCGCUUCGACACGGAGCCGUGCGUGCUGGGCAGCCAGGCCUUCGCCGCGGGGAGGCACCACUGGGAGGUGGAGGUGGCCGAGGCAGGGGACUGGUGGGCUGUGGGGGUGGCCCAGGAGUCUGUCAGGAGGAAGGGGGUCCUCAGUUUCACUCCCCAGGAGGGGAUCUGGGCUGUAGGGCAGUGGUUUGGGCAAUACUACGCUUUCACCGAGCCUGACUGGACCCCCCUGCACCUCACCUGCCUCCCCAGGGCCAUCCAGGUCUGCCUGGACCUCACGGACGGGCGGGUGGCAUUUGCCGAUGCUGAAAAUGAAGCCCCUAUCUUUGCUUUCUGCCUGGCCCCAUGUUCUGGGGAGAGGCUGCGGCCCUGGCUCUGGGUGGGGAUGGACUCGUGGCUCAAGCUGUGCCCCUGA